UCCUCACACCACUAGAGCUCGAAAGAUUUACCAUCUACUUCAUCUCUAACGGAAUGACAGAGGUAGAAGACAUCAUGUCCAUAACAGAAGACAACCUCAGAUACAUUGGAAUCACAAACGAUGAUCACAUCAAAGCCAUUCUACAAGCAGCAUCCGCAUUCAACAGCGACAAGACUAGAGAAGCAGAGUUACGAGAAUGGCUUCGCAAGGCCGACCUUGCAGUUCACUUUCACGGCUUUCUCCGACUUGGAGUAAACAGUGUAGAAGCUGCGGCAUCAUUGGAUCCUGCAGACGAGACGCUUGAUAAACUGGAAGUUUCGCUAUACGGACACCGAAUGCGGCUGCAAAGACGACUUCGCGAGCUAAAGAAAAAAAUUGAAGCAGCGAAUACUGUCCAUGAAGGACAUUGGGCCAUACCGACGACUAUGGCUGAAGAAGCAAGCAAAUUAUUCCUCUGCGUAACCGCUGUUGUGAAGUGCCCAUUAGAUCUUGAUGCAGACUCCAAGUCCCUACAAACACAACCGCUAACUUUUCUAGUGGAUACGGGAAGUGAGUGCUGUGCAUUGACCAAGGAAGUUAUUGAACAACUAAAACUUCCUCGAAAGGGAGUAACAACUGCUGUGGGAGUCAAUACGAGAGUUCUAACCGAAACCUACGAUGCUAUACUGGAGAUUGGCGAAAAGGACAUUAGAGUUAAAGUUGUAGCAGCAGAGACAAACGCCGUGGGAGUAGAUUUAUUCUCAAAGUUUUCCCACGUCAUUGAUUCGAAAAGACAUGCCUGGUGUAAUUACCAAUAGUCAGUAGAAAAGGGACAGUAUAAACUAUUCCUAGUCGUAGUUAGUAAAAUAGACUUCAUAGCCACCACAUGUUGGUAAAUCACUAGCUUCAUUAAAAACAUGCGCAGUAACACAACUUCAACAAUGAAUUUCACCAAUGGUACACAACUUGUCAACGUGACUCAAUCCCUCCCUCAACUGAAUCAGAUGCUGUCUCUCACGGGCGGAAUUGUUGGAUUCAUAUUGUCGAUAGCUGGUCAACGAUUAAGUAGAGCAGUAAAUUUUCUGACAGGGCAUCUAGUGAUGACAGUUGCUUCCUACCUCUUAUUGCCUCGAAUUAUUAAAAUAAAUGUAUGUUGUACAAAACAAGGAAGUCGCUGGGUUCAUGCUGGACUAGCUGCCUUGUUGGGAAUAUUUGGUGGUCUGGCUACUAUACCUAGACGAGCAAUUGGAAACUUUAUGACAAGCGCUUGUUCAGGAGCAUUGCUAGGAAUGCUGACAAUAACAUUUAUUCCUCAAUGGAAUAGCCUCUUUCAUGGCCACACAGCACUCCUAAUGUCUAUUUUUAUUCCAGCUUCAUUGACAGGAGCACUAAGCCAAACCUGCAACCAAAACAUCCAGCUCAUACCUGCCACAGCUACUUGCGGUUCAUAUGCAGUUAUCAUAGCAAUCGACACCUUUGCAAGAAUUUCAGAAGGCUUUUCAUGGAUUCUAAAAGAUCUGCAUUUGCGAGCAAACCAGGUAAUGUAUGGUGACCCAUAUACAAGACCAAACAGCAAAGAGACCACAUUGCAGUCAGUUGACUACAUACUGUUUACAUGGUGGUUUGUGGAAUCACUAAUGGCAGCUGUCAUACAACUGUGUGUGACAACCAGCUACAUGAGAGAAUGGAUUAAACGACGGCGAGAACCUCCCCCUUGA